GAGAUAGCAAGACACCACCAUGGCCCCGGAUCAGCUGCUGGCCAAAAUGAGGGGCUACUUUCGGAUCCACAGCCUCCUGGCCCGACAGUGCUUGGCAGAGUUUCUGGGUGUAUUUGUGCUCAUGCUCCUCACUCAGGGGGCUGUGGCCCAGGCUGUCACCAGUGGAGAAACCAAAGGGAACUUCUUCACCAUGUUUCUGGCUGGUUCUCUGGCAGUUACAAUAGCCAUCUACGUGGCGGGCAAUGUCUCAGGAGCUCACCUGAACCCAGCCUUCUCCCUAGCCAUGUGCCUCCUGGGACGCUUCCCCUGGUCCAUGCUCCCCAUCUACUGCUUCGUGCAGCUGCUGUCUGCCUUCUGUGCCUCUGGAGCCACCUAUGUUCUCUACUAUGAUGCUCUACAGAACUAUACAGGGGGGAACCUGACAGUGACUGGCCCCAAGGAGACUGCCUCCAUCUUUGCCACCUAUCCUGCCCCUUAUUUGUCCCUGAACAAUGGCUUCCUGGAUCAGGUUUUGGGCACUGGGAUCCUGAUUGUGGGGCUCUUGGCCAUCCUGGACGGACGCAACAAGGGAGUUCCUGUGGGUCUGGAGCCCGUGGUGGUGGGGCUGCUGAUCCUAGUCAUUGGACUAUCCAUGGGUGUCAACUGUGGGUUCCCACUCAACCCUGCCAGAGAUCUGGGUCCACGGCUCUUCACCUACGUGGCUGGCUGGGGCCCUGAAGUCUUCAGUGCUGGCAAUGGCUGGUGGUGGGUGCCUGUGGUGGCCCCUUUGGUGGGGGCUACCCUUGGCACAGCCACAUACCAGCUGCUGGUGGCUCUGCACCACCCUGAAGACUCAGAGCAAGGUCAGAAAAAAGCCUCAGACUUGGAAACUCCUGCCUCCGUUCAGAUGCCCAGCCUCAGGGCCUCUAGGAACGCAGUUGCUAAAAGUAGCCACCAGGGGGUGUCCACCCUGGACGCUGGCUUGGGAGGGCAGCGGGAGUCUGCGGGGUGGAGGGCCGACAGGGGAACUUUCCUCUAGUCGGGUCCUGGCGGGGAACUUGCCUCCAAACCUGGGUCCCCUCUGCCUGACUUCCAGCUCUUGUAAGCCCAGCGUCGCGCGCCUCUGCCCCACAGGGGCGCUUCGCGGACGGUCCUUAGCGGCGGGGAAGCCGCUCCAUCCAGGGGGCGUGGUGGGGCGGCGGAGCACGGGCCGCCCUCGCCGGGUAGGCAGGGAGAGAAAGGCGUGAGACGAGGCACGACCUCUCCGGCCAACCCGAGGCUGUGUGGUUCACGGAGAGCGAAGUGCCACGGGAGGAGCCGGGCGAGGAGAGCGGGCGAGGAGCCCGAGGCGGGGCCACGGGGAAGCUGGCGGCGAGGAGGAUCCGAGCUCGCCGCUUCGCCCGCCCCCUGGUCCUCCGGGCCCAAGAUGCGCUUUUUGCAAAGAAGGCAGCAUUUCUCAUUCGCUUCUUACGAAUUAAAAGGAAAACCCUCCGCUA